AUGCUGGUUGCUGUGGUUGAAAGUCAUUUGAAGAUGAACAUUCAUGCUGCAUUUGAUGAAAUUGAUGUAAUGAGAGCUAAUGAAAGAAGAUUGGAACGUGAACGUCAAAUGGCUGAAGAAGCAAACCUAAAGAACAAAGGGAUAGUUGAAGAGGUUGAUAUAGUUGAUGCAUCUUCAAGUCAACCAGAGGUUGGAGGUUCUUCUUCGCAACUUGAUAUUGAAAUGACUGAAGAGGUUGAGGUUCAAGAACAAGAAAUUGUUGAAGACGAUCAAGAGAUGGUGGAAGCUAAAGCUGAAGAGCCUCAUGAACCAGAAUACUUAAUCGUUGGUGAACCUUCUGAGCCUAUUAUUGCUGAAAAUGUCCUUCGAAGAGUUGAAAUUAUUCAAAGAAGAAGAAGAGCAAGGGAAGUACUACUGCUUGAGUAUACAACUGACAAAUUUUUGUUAGUUGGAAAUGCUUACCCUGUGCCAUAUAAUUCUAAAGAAGUGGCAAACUUGCUAAAGUUUAUGGAUCUAAAAAGAAAAGGAAGGAUAGCACGUGGAGAGGUUGUAGAUGAAGAUUCUGAUAGAGAGUUAUUCGGAGAUGAUGAAGAAGAAGAGGAAGAUGAUUCUAAUGAUAAAGAUGAUAAAACUGAUGAUAAAUCUGACAAAGAUGACAAAGGCGAUGACAACAAUGAUCAAGGUGCUUCGGGAUUAUUAAUCAGUGAACCAAAUGUUCAAGAAAGAGUGGAUGAGCUGAUGAAUAAUGAAAUAAAUGAGCAAGAGGAUGAAGUUGAUCAUGAAACAUCAUCGUCUGGAAAACAACCUGUUGAUCAGGUAUUUCUUUCUAACCCUACUGUCAUUUUCUUAUCUGGUAAACAACAAGGAGAGGUAGAGGUUAAAAGAACUCGGGCUGAAAUGUUAGAGGAGUUGGGUUUGGAAGAUGGAAAAUUUAAAUUUGAUAUUGAAGACGAAAUUCCUCACUCACCUGCAAAAGAUUUCGAGCCUAGAUAUCCUCAUGAAGCUGAUCAUUAUGAUGAAGUGAUGAUUGAAAGCGCAUCUGAUUCAGAAGAAGACAGUGUGGAUUUUCAUUAUGAAGGAAAAGAAUGA